CCGACUCUGUUUCUCCAUCCUACAUAUGCCAUGCGUAGAAAAUGCGAUACGUGCGGAAUUCUAAUCCGGCACAAUGCAGCGUUGAGCUGCAACCCGCCGUCUUUGGUAGCCGAUCGUUUUCGGAGAAUGUAAUGAACUCGUAUGUAAGUGUAAGAGUACCUAGACAGGCUCGGAGGAAUGUUGUAGAUAUCCCGAUGCGGGAAGUAUGCGCCGUGCUCCUGCGGUGUUGUUUAAGGAUCGUCUGCGAGGCACAUCAUGGCUCACGCGGUGAAACGUCAAUCGCGCUACUUCGUACGAACUCGGCGUUCGGUCUAAUCGGAAGGAACAUUACAAUACAUCCCGAAACACUCCAAGCGGAUAAAUACUCCUUCAAUCGCCCCGCUGCAGAAGCACAUCAACCCCAGCCCCCACUCCACUACUCUCCACCAUCCCGCCUCACAAUGAAAGCCAUCAAGAUCCUCAGCCAAGGCCACGCCGCCGUCGUCUCCGACGCCGAAAUCCCCACCCUCCCCAGCGACGAAUGGAUCCUCGUCAAAACCGUCGCCGUAGCCCUCAACCCCACCGACUGGAAGCACUUCAACUACCCCAUGGGCGCCGCCCAACCAACCUCCGGCUGCGACUUCGCCGGCAUCGUCGAGCAGGUCGGCUCCGCCGUCCCGCGCCCCUUGAAGAAGGGCAACCGCGUUUGGGGCUUUACGCACGGCGGCAACCAAACCAGACCGUAUACUGGCGCCUUUGGCGAGUAUCUGGUUACCAAGGGUGGGGUUGUGGGCCGGAUUCCCGAGGGAGUUAGCUUUGAGGAGGCGGCGACGGCGGGGGUGGGGAUUCUGACUGUGGGCCAGGGAUUGUAUCAGAGGAUGGGGUUGCCGUGGCCGGAUCAGCCGCUGCGGGCGGAGGAGAAGAUGCCGAUUUUGAUUUGGGGCGGGAGUUCGGCGACGGGGGCGUUAGGGAUCCAGUUUGCGAAACUGUCUGGUUUUGAGGUCAUUACCACCUGCUCCCCACGGAACUUCGACUACGUGAAGAGCCUCGGCGCAGACACAGUCUUCGACUCGCGCUCGCCCACCGUCGGCGCCGACAUCCGCGCCCACACCAACAACAAACUGUACUACGCCUGGGACACCAUUGGUGAGCACGGCAGCCCCGCCGCCUGCGCUGCCGCUCUCGCCUCGUCCGCCCCUGCGGGCCAAAAACUGCAUUACGGCACCAUUCUGAUGGGCCCUGGGAUGAAGCCGCCGCGAGACGACGUCGAGUUUACGUUUACGCUCGGGUAUACGGCGGCGGGAGAGGCGUUCGAGAUCGCGGGCAUGAAGUGGGAGGCGAAGCCGCAGGACUACGAGUUUACGGUCAAGUGGACGGAGUUGGCGGAGAAGUUGUGGAUGGAGCGCAAGUGGAGGCCGCAUCGGCAGGAUGUGAGGGAGGGUGGGCUGGAGGGCGUGUUGAACGGGUUGGAGGAUAUGAAGAGUGGGAAGGUUAGUGGUGUGAAGUUGGUGUAUCGUGUUGCGGAUCCGUGAGCGUGUAGCUUCCUCUUCUUCUGCCUAAUCAAACGCUCGUUUGCCAUCGCCCCUCGAGGCCAGAGACGUUCGGAGCGGAUUCAAUCUUGAUCUUCAUAUGCCUCCUCUUCUCCCAUGCUCAACUGUCUUACAGCUUCUCGUCCGCAUCUCGAGCGAACUGUUCAGGGACGCUGGCGCUCCUCAAAUGCGUUUUGCGUAUUCGAAUUUGGUGGCCAUUGGAACUUGAGCGGUAGCGA